GCAUUUCCACACUGGCUGUCGCAGGAUGGACACAAUCCUUUCUCUUGUCUUGACCACCUUGUUGGCACCUGGCAAAGUCCAGCUCUAGUCCUGGAAGUGUAACUUAUCUUACCUGCAGCCUGUUUGACCCAUGACUUGGUCAGUUUAGGAAGUUACCAUCCCUGGAAAUAUUACCCGUGGAAAGGCACAGGAUCAGAAAAGAUGCAAGAAAAACCUUUAGUUUACACCUCAGAUUGAACCCCGGCACGGAGACACACUACAACAACAAAAACAAAAACCAAGCAAAUCUGGGGAAUCUGAGUUCCAGAGUUGCCAUACUAUGUGGGCUUACUAGACAAAAGACUUUAAGACAGCUGUCAGAGCUAAUGGAAAACAUGAACGAGGUCAAGAAAACAAUGUAAAAACAAAAUGGAAAUGUCAGUAAAGAGAUAGAAAACGUGAAGAGGAACCAAGAAGCUUAAUGAACUCUAAGUAGGAUAACCUCUUAAAAGAGACUGACACCAAGAUACAUUAAAAUCAAGCCAAAGGCAACAGAAUCUUGAGAGCAGCAACAGAGAGCUCAGAACUUAAUCACAGAUGUAUGAUCAGGUGAUUUUCAACAACACUACCAAGACCAUUCCAUGUGGAAAGGACAGUCUAUUCAAUAGACACUGCUGGGAAAACUUAUACCCACAUGGAAGAGAAUGAAAAUUAACUCAAAAUGGAUCAAAGACCUAAAAAGGCACACAUGGCAUUCAGAGAUGUGGCUGUGGAUUUCACCCAGGAGGAGUGGAUGCUGCUGAGCCCUGCUCAGAGGUCCCUGUACCGGGAGGUGAUGCUGGAGAACUACAGCAACCUGGUCUCGCUGGGGAUUCCAUUUUCUAAACCCAAACUCAUCACCCAGCUGGAGCAAGGGAAGGAAACCUGGAGAGAAGAGAGAAAAUGCCCACCUGCCACCGGCCCGGCAGAACCAAAGCCAGAACUCCACCUCGGUCCCUUCCGCCCUCCAGACUUCUCCAGUCAGCAGCUCCGCAUGCAGCACGUGCUGUGUAGUCACCCUCCCUGGAUCUUCACGUGCUGGUGUGCAGAAGAGCCUGUCCGGCCAGGAGCUCCGUGCCCUGGGGACCAGCAGCAGCAGCAGCAGCGAGCCUCUGAUGGAAGUUCCUGGAAUGACAAAGCAGAAGGUCAGGAGAGAGAAGGCACCCAGCCUUUGUUUGGAAAGACAAAGAAAAGGACUUCAGGCGUGUUCCCCAGGCCGCAACCCCAGCAGCAGCCGGUCAGCUCUGGGGAUGGCAUCCAAGGCGUGGAGGGAGUGGCCAGCCCAGCUCAGACGGGGAAUCCCGAGGAAACAGACAGACUGUUGAAGAGGAUGGAAGUCUUAGGAUUUGGAACAGUCAACUGUGGGGAGUGUGGCCUGGGCUUCAGCAAGAUGACAAACCUGCUCAGUCACCAGAGGAUACACUCAGGGGAGAAGCCGUAUGUGUGCGGGGUGUGUGAGAAGGGAUUUAGCCUAAAGAAAAGCCUUGCCAGACACCAGAAGGCACACUCGGGGGAGAAGCCCAUCGUGUGCAGGGAGUGUGGGCGAGGCUUUAACCGCAAGUCGACACUCAUCAUACACGAGAGGACACACUCAGGUGAGAAGCCUUACAUGUGCAGCGAGUGCGGGCGAGGCUUCAGCCAGAAGUCAAACCUCAUCAUACACCAGCGGACACACUCCGGGGAGAAGCCCUACGUGUGCCAGGAAUGUGGGAAAGGCUUCAGCCAGAAGUCAGCUGUCGUCAGACACCAGAGGACACACUUGGAGGAGAAGACCAUCGUGUGCAGUGACUGUGGACUGGGCUUCAGCGACAGGUCGAACCUCAUCUCACACCAGAGGACACACUCCGGGGAGAAGCCUUAUGCCUGCAAGGAGUGUGGGCGGUGCUUCAGGCAGAGAACCACCCUCGUCAACCACCAGAGGACACACUCCAAGGAGAAGCCUUAUGUGUGUGGCGUGUGUGGGCACAGCUUCAGCCAGAAUUCAACCCUCAUCUCACACAGGCGGACACACACUGGGGAGAAGCCUUACGUGUGUGGGGUGUGUGGGCGAGGCUUUAGUCUCAAGUCACACCUCAACAGACACCAGAACAUACACUCAGGGGAUAAGCCCAUUGUGUGUAAGGACUGUGGGCGAGGCUUCAGCCAGCAGUCAAAUCUCAUCAGACACCAGAGGACACACUCAGGGGAAAAGCCCAUGGUGUGUGAGGAGUGCGGGCGAGGCUUCAGCCAGAAGUCAAACCUUGUUGCACACCAGAGGACACACUCAGGGGAAAAGCCGUACGUGUGCAGGGAGUGUGGGCGAGGCUUCAGUCACCAGGCAGGUCUCAUCCGGCACAGGCGGAAACACUCGAGGGAAAAGCCUUACACGUGCAGGCAGUGUGGACUCGGCUUCAGCAAUAAGUCAGCUUUAAUCACGCACAAAUGGGUACACUCGGAAGAGAAGCCCUGUCUAUUCAGAGAGUGUGGCCAAGGCUUUCCCCAAAAGUCACACCUCAUCUUACAUCAGAUGACACACCAGGGCAGGAAGCCUUAUGUGUGCAAGACGUGUGGACAGGGCUUUAGCCAGAAGUCUCACCUCAGCAGACACAGGAGGAUGAAGUCCGCCCACCACAAACUGCGACUUCAGUCUGACCCCGAGGCCUACUCAGAGCAAUCUUCUGACCCCUUGCACUCUCUCUGAGAGUGAAGACGGUGGUGAGGACUGGAUAAUCAAACAUCGUACACUUUCAUAAAACGCAUUCCGUAAGUGGUCAAAGGACAUUUGCCUUCGUUUACUUCCUCCAUGCUAAGUCUUCAUGUUUUGUGGUCUUUUGUUCUAAUAAACUGCUUCUUUACAAAC